UCUCUCAGCUUUUUCCUUCACGAUCAAUUUGAUUUAGAGUAUAGAUCACUUAUCUUCUCUCUCAUGGCCAUUAGAAAACCCAGCAAGCUUCCCCAGACUGCAGUUCUGAAACAAAUCCUCAAGAGAUGUUCCAGCUUAGGAAAGAAACAUGGCUAUGAUGAUGAUGGCCUCCCUCUUGACGUCCCCAAAGGCCAUUUUGCCGUGUACGUUGGUGAGAACAGAAGUAGGUAUAUUGUGCCUAUCUCCUUCUUGACUCACCCAGAAUUCCAGUCCCUCCUUCGUCAGGCUGAAGAAGAAUUUGGGUUUGAUCACGAUAUGGGUCUCACUAUCCCUUGUGAGGAAGUUGUUUUCAGGUCCCUAACAUCAAUGCUUAGAUGAAUUAGAGAAAUUAAGAAGCUGGGAACAAUAUGUUUGAUGGCUCUGCCUUGAAGAAGAUGCAUGACCAAGAUGAAGCUAGCAGCAGCAGCUUUUGCUUCUCUUUUUUUUAACAUCUCUCUUCAGAGUCAUGUCUGUUCUUGUAAUCAAUUCUUGAUCUCCUUUCUUCUUUCAAUAUUUUUUGCGGGUUUCGUUUUCAACAACCCUAUUUGGGUUUUGUGUUUAAUCUGUGACUCUAACUUUGGACCCAUGUGAAAUAUUUCGUUAGGGUGAAAUCUGUAAAAAGGUUUGAGAUUUUCCUCACAGAGGUUCUAUACAUACCCUGUGAGAGAAGUUAGUUAUGUCAAUGAAAA